GGUGGACGGCGCCCAAUGGGCUGCGCGGAGCGUCACUUCCCGCCGGCGGGAGGCGAGUGGCGAGUGGCGAGUGUCGGGGGGCGGCCGGCGGGGGCGGUGGCACCCGGCUCGGACCCACGCGGCGCCGCGGCCCUCCUGGCCUGCAGCGCGUCCACCUCCCGCGGCGGCGGCUGCGACAGCGGCGGCACGAUGCCCUUUGACUUCAGGAGGUUUGACAUCUACAGGAAGGUACCCAAGGACCUUACGCAGCCAACGUACACUGGGGCCAUUAUCUCUAUCUGCUGCUGCCUCUUCAUCUUCUUCCUCUUCCUCUCGGAACUCAGCGGAUUCAUAACGACAGAAGUUGUGAAUGAGCUCUACGUCGAUGACCCAGACAAGGACAGCGGGGGCAAAAUCGACGUCACUCUCAACAUCAGUUUACCCAAUUUGCACUGCGAAUUGGUCGGGCUUGACAUCCAGGAUGAGAUGGGCAGGCACGAAGUGGGGCACAUCGACAACUCCAUGAAGAUCCCGCUGAACAAUGGGGUGGGCUGCCGCUUUGAGGGGCAGUUCAGCAUCAACAAGGUCCCGGGCAACUUCCACGUGUCCACGCACAGUGCCACAGCCCAGCCGCAGAACCCAGACAUGACGCAUGUAAUCCACAAGCUCUCCUUCGGGGACACGCUGCAGGUCCAGAACGUCCAGGGAGCUUUCAACGCCCUUGGAGGAGCAGACAGACUCAACUCCAACCCCCUCGCCUCCCACGACUACAUCUUGAAGAUCGUGCCCACGGUUUAUGAGGACAAGAGCGGCAAGCAGCGCUACUCUUACCAGUACACGGUGGCCAACAAGGAGUACGUCGCCUACAGCCACACGGGCCGCAUCAUCCCCGCCAUCUGGUUCCGCUACGACCUCAGCCCCAUCACGGUCAAGUACACGGAGAGACGGCAGCCCCUGUACAGGUUCAUCACCACGAUCUGUGCCAUCAUCGGUGGAACUUUCACUGUUGCAGGCAUCCUAGACUCAUGCAUCUUCACAGCUUCCGAGGCCUGGAAGAAGAUCCAGCUGGGCAAGAUGCAUUGAUGUCUUCCUGUCCUGGUGACCAUGGACCCAGGGCAGCCGCCAGCCCUGUCUCCAACGCCCUGUCUCCUCCUGCCCUCUGUCCAGCCCAGGAUCCGGCUGCAUCCCAAGUUGGGGGGGUAGGAGGGCGGUUUCAAGGAUUCAAGGUUUCGCAGCUACCUCUUUUCCCCGUGUUUGAUUUUUAGACGAAUUCCACUGCCUGGAGUUGAGGUACUCCUUUCCCUGGGGAGCCCCAAGACCAGAAUCAGGCAAGGGGGUGUGGUGCUCAGGGAUGUUGGGGACCAGUCCAGGAGGUGAGGCUUCCAUCCCUUCCCUCUUGGGGGAGCAGCCCAGAAUCAACCUCGACCAGCUCUCAGCCAGGCUUUGACAAUCUCACAACCCCCACCAUUUGGACAUGCUAAUCAUUUGGUUUCUCCCCUGGGCAGCCAACCUGCCCAGAGGCACCACACCUGGGCUCUCGGCUUUGGACCAUGCUGCUCACAGGUGCCUCCCACCUGGAGCCUUCAACGAAGGAUGGUACUUUCCAGGCAGCCCCCUGAGAUUUGUGCUGUUGAAGGAAUCCCCACUUCUGCUCCAUCCCUUUCUGCCCAACCCAGAGCCCAGGCCUCAAGUCCCUCAAUCCUCAAGUCCCUCGCCCUCCACUCCUUCCUUUUCUUCCAAGAAGCAAGCUGCCUAGUUGUGCAGCAGUAGUGGGGAGACUCGGAGCUUCCCCCCAGUCACUGGCUGGGACACACACUCCCCUUCCUCUCUUCUCCUUGUUCCUCUGAAGCCCCCACCAAUGUGCCUCUCUCCUAUGCUGUGUGGCAACAGCAUCUCUUACUGGAGGGGCUGGUUCCCCCUGCUAGCUCCACCCACCUCUCAUUUGGGACCUGCAGUGGCAGGGGCUGGGGGAUGGCGUGUGACUUGGAGGUUAUCCUUGAGAACUGACGGUAAUAUGUGCAUUCACAUCUAGACAGGAAGCAUCUUUCUCUAAAUCCUUAAAAUAAUCACAUCUCAGCCUCUCCCUGACAGCCGCUGUUGGUCCCAAGGCCAAAGCAGACCAGCCCCUCUCCCAUCUUUGGCCCUCAGGGGUUCCCAGGGGUGCAAAGCACUCAGACCUCUUUACAGCUCAGUCGUGGCCCACUGGCCACUGAGUGUCCCCCAUUGGCUGGCCAAAUGCCAACAUGUUUCCUGUCCUGGAGUAACUCCAGUGUGUUCCCACUUGCUCGUGAGCAGGGUCCCUACCUACUGCUCCCCCUCGUUCUUCCCCUUUAGUCCUGAAAGGGAGGGGCGAUGAGCCAGGCAGUAAUUCCACCCAGAGAAUUUUAGCCAUGCCCUAGUGUCCCAGGGAGAGAGCCACCCACCCUGUUUCCAUUUAUAUCAAGAUUGUUUGCAUACUUUUGUAAUUAAGGGGAGUGUCCAGUGGAAGGAUUUUUAAAAAUUAUCUCUAUGGAUAGCUCAAGUCUCUGCCAUAUGUAAUUUUUGGACCUGGUUUCCAAUUAGAAAAGCUUCCCCUUUUGCAUAUGAGUUGAUUGAUGUCGUGAGUGUAAACUGCAGUUGGUGAUUUCUGGUAUCUGUGCCACUUGGAUGGAUUUUUUUACAUUCUGUUCCCCUGUUCCAGAAAGGAGUCCCUUUUGUGAGUACAUUCGCCUGUCAAGGGUGGGGUGGGACAGGGCGGGCUGGGAAUGGGGAGCUAAGUGGCAUGCACGUGAGUUAAAAAUCCACUUUUAUGCAUUUUUGUAAAAAACUCGGAGGACAUAGGGGAUGUCAGUUUCCUAUGGAAGAGGCAUCUCUGACCUGUUAUUCUUAUAAACAGAAUCUCAAGGAAAACAAUGUCUUAGUUGUUUCCCCACUCACUGGGUCCAAAUAGAUUAAAAGGUUGAUUUUCAGAAA